AUAGAGUCCAGUGGGCUUGGAUGCUUCUAGUCUGUUUGGUUUGGUGGCUUUUACAGCACUGGAUGGGUUACUCUGGGAUAACAUACGCAGGUGUCAUCCAGAUGUGAACGACUAACAGGGUUCUUCAGUCAAUCUCCCUCUAUGCCAUUUCAUGCCGUUUUUCCCAGGCAGGACUAAUGCUGAACCUUUGACAGUAGUGACUGGAUCACCAGAGAGAGAGAGAGAGAGAGAGAUAGUGAGUGACCUUGCCCGGGAGGACUACCAUGCUUCCCCGCUGUGCAGUCAGAGCGUGCCAUGUGCUUGUGCUGGUGCUGUGUCUGUCUGCGGCUGAGGACUUCGACUGGACAAAGAACGACCGCGGCUCCUUCUAUUAUGGCACUUUUCCAGCUGGAUUUUCGUGGGGUGCCGGUAGUUCAGCCUAUCAGACAGAAGGAGCCUGGGACCAAGACGGUAAAGGACUGAGUAUCUGGGACGUGUUCUCUCAUAAGAAGGGAAAGAUACUCCAGAACGACACCGGAGACUCUUCCUGUCAGGGAUACUACAAAGUCAAGGAGGACAUCUCCCUAAUGAAAGAGCUGAAGUUGAACCACUACCGCUUCUCCAUCUCCUGGCCCCGCAUCAUGCCUACUGGGAUCAAGUCCGACCAUGUGAAUGAGAAAGGGAUAAAGUACUAUGAUGAGUUGAUUGACAACCUGUUGGAGAACAACAUCACUCCCAUCGUUACUCUGUACCACUGGGAUCUACCUCAGGUCCUCCAGGAGAAGUACGGGGGAUGGCAGAACAUCAGCGUGGUGAACCACUUUAAUGAGUUUGCCAACCUGUGUUUCGAGACAUUCGGAAACCGAGUCAAAUAUUGGAUCACCUUUAACAACCCAUGGUCGGUGGCAGUGGAGGGCUAUGAGACUGGCGAGCAUGCUCCUGGACUGAAGCUGAGAGGGACAGGAGCCUACCGGGCCGCGCAUCACAUCAUCAAGACCCAUGCUAAAGUCUGGCACACCUAUGACACUCAGUGGAGAGGCAAACAGAAAGGUCUGGUGGGCAUCUCUCUGUCUGGGGACUGGGGUGAACCAGUGGACAUCAGUAACCAGAAGGACAUCGAGGCAGCAGAGAGAUACGUCCAGUUCUACGUGGGCUGGUUCGCCACUCCCAUCUUCCACGGCGACUACCCACAAGUCAUGAAGGACUUUAUUGGUCGUAAGAGCGCCCAGCAGGGCCUGGGGACGUCCCGCCUCCCCACCUUCUCUUCCCAGGAGAAGAGCUACAUCAAGGGCACCUGCGACUUCCUGGGCAUCGGCCACUUCACCACCCGCUACAUCACCCAGAAGAACUACCCGUCGGGACGCGGCAGCAGCAGCUACUUCACUGACAGAGACCUAGUUGGCCUGGUGGAUCCCCACUGGCCUGAUCCUGGAUCAGAGUGGCUCUACUCUGUCCCCUGGGGGUUCAGACGCCUGCUCAACUUCGUCAAGAGCCAGUACAGGAACCCUAUGAUCUACGUGACAGAGAAUGGGGUGUCAGAGAAGAUUAUGUGCACCGAGCUCUGUGAUGACUGGAGAAUACAGUACUACAAGGACUACAUCAACGAGAUGCUGAAAGCCAUCAAAGACGGCGUGAACGUGCGCGGUUACACAGCCUGGUCUCUGCUGGACAAGUUUGAGUGGGACGAGGGCUACUCCGAGAGGUUUGGCCUGUACUACGUAGACUUCAGGAACAAGAAUAAACCACGUUACCCAAAAGCCUCGGUUCAGUACUACAAACGCAUCAUCAGCUCCAAUGGAUUCCCCAACCAGAGAGAGGUAGAGAAUUGGAAGAGGAAGGCCACUGAGACCUGCUCCUCCAGUAACCAGCUCCUGGCUGCAGACCCCCUGACCAGCCACAUGGAGAUGGUAACAGAGGUAGUGGUCCCCACGGUGUGCACCCUGUGUAUCCUCCUCUCUGCCGUCUUCCUGAUGUUCCUGCUACGGAGACACAACUAGAUCUACUACUGCUACUACUGCUACUACUACUACUACUACUACUACUACUACUGAGACACAACUAGAUCUACUA